GUAUAUUUUAUUAAAUUUUAAUAACUCUUGUUUUUCUUUUUUAUUAUGUUAAUAGAUUUAAGAUUUGAGACGUCUUAUAAUGCUUCACUUAUUCCUGCACGAGGAUCAUGGUUACGUAUUUUAAGUAUUACACUUCGAGAUCAAGUGUUAUUACCUUUUGCUCAAGGUUUUUUAUGGGCAGCAAUGGUUAUAGGUUUAAACUGGGCUCAAAGAAGUAGCCGUAAUCGAGGCUUUUAUUGGGGAUUAAUGGUUAAUGAAUGGUGGAAGUCAUUAAAUAUGUAGUUAUAGCAUUAAAUAAAAUUUAUUAUUUAUGUUUAAAAAUAAAUU